GAUAUCCCUCCGUUCUUUGCCUCUCUCUGGUUUGCCAAGGGCUCCUUGCACAAUCGCACUCAAAAGGAUCUCACAUCCUUCAUUCAACAAUUGCGUCAGUCGAUUCUCUCUCGUCCCAUCGAAGAAGCGACUUCUCUGCUUUAUCUCGCGAACCUCCCGCUCCGUCUACGCCCUCGCACCAUCUCCGCCUCACAAGCUUGUCUCGCUUUCUCGCGUGAGACCUUGGGCUCUGCUCACUCCGGUACUGACCGCUCUCUCAAUUCCGGCUCUUCCGGCCUAUCGCGGCUGCGGCUUUCCGUCGUCCGGCCACCUCCGGUGGCCCGACAAACAACAAUCGCCAGUCCAACAAUCGCUGCUCUCAUUGCAGCCCAAGGUCAUGUUAUCUCUGCCUGUCGUCAGCGUGCAUGGGACCUUGUUCAAAAGUUGGGUGGUUAUGAUGCGGUUGUUAAGCUUUCUGAACAAGCUAAACCCGCUAUUGCUUUGAGUGUUACUUCUAGUGAUGAUAAUGGAACUAUUCUUGACUGCUAUCUGGACUCUGCUUCAACUCACCACGUAGUCAACACAAAAGAUUUUUUCACUUCCUUUGUCUCCUCGGCGGGUACUUGUUGA